AUGUCUCCCAACGAUACUUAUCAAGAUCCCCUCAACUCGAGGUACUCCUCGCAGGAGAUGAAGUACCUCUUCAGCCCGCGUAAUCGCUUCAGCACAUGGCGAAAUCUCUGGAUCUGGCUCGCGGAGUCGGAGAAGGAGCUCGGGCUCGACAUUUCCGACGAAGCGAUCGCGCAAAUGAAGCAACACCAGAUCAUACAGGACGAGGAAUUCAAGAUUGCGGCGGAAGAAGAGAAGAAGCGGAGGCACGACGUUAUGGCACAUGUGUUUGCGUUUGGAGAGAAGGCACCGGCCGCGCGGGGAAUCAUUCACUGGGGAGCUACAAGCUGUUACUGCACGGACAAUGCGGACCUCAUCUUCCUCCGCGAUGGAUUGGACCUCCUUCUUCCCAAGUUGGCCACGGUCAUUGAGAAACUGUCGACAUUCGCAAAGGAGCACAAGAGCCUGCCGUGUCUGGGAUAUACGCAUCUGCAGCCGGCGCAACUGACGACUGUGGGCAAGCGCGCGUGUCUGUGGAUUCAGGACCUGCUGAAGGACUUGAAGAACCUGGAGCGCGCAAGGGAUGAUCUGAGAUUCCGUGGUGUGAAGGGAACCACUGGCACACAGGCUUCCUUCCUUCAAAUCUUUGAAGGCGAUCACGACAAGGUCGAGAAGCUCGACGAGCUUGUAACAACGAAGGCAGGCUUCUCCUCCGCCUACAUCAUCUCCAGCCAAACAUACACCCGCAAAGUCGAUGUCGACGUGCUCAACGCACUUGCAUCUUUCGGAUCCACCUGCGAGAACAUCGGCCAGGCUAUCCGCCUGCUCGCUUCCUUCAAGGAGCUAGAGGAGCCCUUUGAGUCAACACAGAUCGGUUCUUCCGCAAUGGCCUACAAGCGAAAUCCUAUGCGGAGCGAGCGCUUGUGCUCGCUCGGCCGUAAGCUGCGAAAUUUGAACGCGGAUGCAAGCGCGACAUAUGCGGCACAGUGGAUGGAGCGGACGCUGGAUGACAGCGCAAUCAGGCGGAUGGCCCUCCCGCAAUCCUUCCUCUCCGCCGAUGCCUCCCUCAUCCUCCUUAACAACAUCGCCUCGGGCCUCGUCGUCUACCCCGCCAUGAUCCGCAAGCGCGUCGACGCAGAGUUGCCCUUUAUGGCCACCGAGAACGUCAUCAUGGCUCUUGUCAAGAAGGGUGUUUCCCGACAAGAUGCCCACGAGGAGAUCCGUGUGCUGUCUCACGAGGCCGGCGCAGAGGUCAAGCAGUAUGGUAGGGACAACGAUUUGAUAGAGAGGAUCAAGCGGACAGAGUUCUUCAAGCCUAUUCUUGGUGAGCUGGACAACCUGCUGGAUCCGAGCACGUUCAUCGGACGGAGUCCGCAGCAGGUGGAGGCAUUCUAUGACCGCGAAGUCAAGAUUGCGUUGAAAAAGUAUGUUGAUGCGGGACAGCUGAAGCUUGGAGAGGCGGCCGAGCUGCAUGUCUAA